AUAUGCGUCCUCCAUUGCACAUACUAUAUAAAACACAUCGCUUUGGGGAAAAUCCAACUUUUAUCCAAAGCAAUGGCAAAGAUAAUCCAUUUCUCUUGCUUCCUCACUCGCCCAUGCUCCCUUCCAUCUCCACUCUUCCGCAGAACCCAAUUUCCUGUAGGAAACUUUGGACAAUCCUUUGAAGAUGUUAAUGGAGCAGUUGAGAUUCAUCAUCUGUUGCGAGAAAGGGGUAAACAGUCCUUGCUACGCUGCCAAAUGCCAGAGGGAAAGAGGGUCUUGGAGCGGAUUUCAUCACAUUAUGACGAGUUAAAUGCACUUGAGGGAGGAUUUUGGUUAAGAGUCCCGGUGACAGCAUUUCUUGCCGCCAACAUUUUGAUAUUUACUGCUCCUAUGAAAGCCCUGGCAGAAACUUGUGAAGCUGAUAACUCCUUUUUCAACAUGCCUUUACUGCUAUUUGUAGCCCUUAUUGGUGCCACAGUUGGAGGAUUGCUUGCACGGCAGAGGAAAGGGGAGCUGCAGCGAGUGAAUGAGCAGCUGCGCCAGAUCAAUGCUGCUCUAAGAAGGCAGGCUAAGAUAGAGUCAUAUGCUCCCAGCCUGAGUUAUGCUCCCAUCGGUGGUAGAAUAUCAGAAAAGGAAGUAAUUGUCGAUCCAAGAAAGGAAGAGUUGAUUUCUCGACUGAAGAGCGGGAAGAACUUUUUAAGAAAUCAAGAACUUGAGAAGGCUUUUCUAGAGUUUAAGACAGCACUGGAGCUUGCUAAGAGUCUAAAAGAUCCUAUCGAGGAGAAGAAGGCUGCCAGGGGUUUAGGUGCCUCGUUGCAAAGGCAAGGCAAAUAUCAAGAAGCCAUUCAAUACCACUCAAUGGUUUUAGCAAUAUCUGAUCGAGAAGGAGAAGACUCUGGAAAUACAGAAGCUUAUGGAGCAAUUGCUGACUGCUACACCGAGCUAGGAGACCUUGAGAAAGCAGGGAUUUUCUAUGACAAAUAUAUUGCUAGGUUGGAAACAGACUAAUGAAGCUGCAUAAUCCACCAGUUCUACCACCUUUUAAUGUAUUUCUAAAUAAUUAUAGAGACUAUAGACAGCUUGCUGACAUCUCCUUUUCUCCCAUUUUAGCAUUACUGUUGUUAGUUGCUAAGUGCAGUCUUUCAGGCACUGAAAUUGAUUUUGUUGGAUAAUGCAUUGUAACUCAUGUUUCUUCCAAAGAGAAUACCCAUUUCACUUUC